AUGGAAAUAUUUCGACUGAUCAAUCGAGGGGUAUCCCGACGACAAUCUGCGUUCUUCCUCACCACUCGACGCAGUGCACCCUAUCCACGGGAGAUACUACCUUUGGUCAGUCUUUUGGCCCGUUCAAAUGUUGCCCAACGUCGAGGCUUCGUAGAGAUUCCAGCAGUCCUUCUGCCCCCUGUGGUCUUCACAGGCCUUGUUUUCUGUUUAUGGACUUGGAAAUGCUUCAUGAUGGUCAUCUUUCAAAACAAGAUCAUAUAUAUGCCCGGGAUUCCGCCCAACGCGCGAAGGGAGAAGAUCUCCGACUACAAGAACCAAUGUGCAGGUAUCCAGUGGCGAGAGGAGAAGAUACGAUCGCUCGAUAGUACUCCCAUUAGUCUGUGUGUAGCAAGUGUGGAAAGCAAUGCCGUCGAUUUCCAGCGAAGGAAAGAUGUGUACAUCCUCUACUUUCAGGGUAACGCGUCCUCAUUGCCCCCUCGACUUCCUUUUCUUUCCCCAGUCCUGCGUUUACUCAGGACAAGAGCAAAUGCUUCGGAUCUGAAUAUUCGCUAUACCAUGGUGUGUUGCAGUUAUCGAGGUUAUUGGACUUCUGGUGGUCGAGCUACCGAGAAGGGCAUCGCUCUGGAUGCAGCAGCUUCACUGGGAUGGAUCAAGCAAUUUCAUCAGAGUCAGUACAAAACUUACAACGACGAGGUCAUUUCAGUCGUCAUCUGGGGUCAGAGUAUUGGGGCAGGGGUCGCGACAAGUCUGGCUUCAAAGAAAACAUUGUUCUCGGAUGGACUUAAUCUCAAACAAUUGAUACUGGAAACGCCUUUUCUGAGCAUCAGAUCGAUGUUGGAAACACUUUACCCACAAAAGUGGUUGCCAUAUCGAUAUCUUUGGCCCUUUCUACGGAACCACCUUGACAGCGAGACGGCUCUGGGGUUAUUACACGCGAGAUUUGGAACAAAGUCACCCCCAGUACUCAUCGUGGAAGCUGGAAAAGAUGAGCUGGUUCCUAGUUCCCACGCAAGAAUACUGGAAGAGCGCUGUCUGGACCUUGGCUUGGUCGUCGAGAAAAAAGUUGUCCAUGGCGCACUUCAUACCGAGGUUUUGGUCCGCCAAGAGGGCAUUUCUUCCGUUGCAAGUGCUAUUGAGGAAGUUGGGAGGACCCUCAAUGAUACAUCGUGUAAGAAUAGCUUGAAAACUCAGGACUAA